AUGACUGUUCCACGGCUUUGUACAGGGUUCUACGUCGACGAUUUGGUUGUGGGAUGCACGUCAGAACCCGACGCCCUUCAAGUGUAUGGCGACACCAUUGACAUACUCCAGGAAGCCGGUAUGGAUAUACGGAAAUGGACUUCAAAUUCAUCCGCACUUCGCGAGCGGUUUCUGUCGGACGAGGUUUCCUACGACAACGCAUCCGAUGGCAACGCAACGAUCAAGUUGCUGGGCUUGUUGUGGGACCGGGACACAGAUAGUCUCACCUUUUCGGUCAAACGAGCACUCACGUUGUCUGCGUCCCAUCCUCCUACGAAACGUACGGUGCUCAAGACAUUCUCCCUCAUCUAUGACCCGCUCGGCUAUCUCGCACCCUUCAUCGUAACCGUCAAGCUCCUGUUUCAAAAUUUAUGGCGCAAGUCGUUGCCAUGGGACGCUGAGUUUGCAACGGAAGAUCUUGUGGUCUGGGAGAAAUGGAAGGCUGAACUGUCAGGCAUCGAUGCGUUGCACCUGUCGCGUAGCGUCUUUCCGCAGAGCAAGGCCCUGCUUGAUGUGCAUUGCUUCGCCGACGCUAGUCCCAAGGCCUACGGCACAACAGUAUACGUUCGCAGCCGCCCCAAUAACGGCACGACUUCUACGCGGUUGCUUUUAGCGAGAGCCCGUCUAGCUCCAUUGAAAGAACUCUCGUUGCCGCGUCUCGAACUGCUGGCAUGCCUGCUGUCCACGCGUCUUUAUCGCCAUAUCUCGACGGUAGAAGCCUUAAAGGUUGCCCCCAUUCACUUCUGGACGGAUUCAAGCAUCGCGCUCCAAUGGAUUCAGUGCGACACGAACACUCGCCCCUCCUUUGUCAAGUCGAUGGUGGCAAAAAUGUCUUCACGACCGGAACAAUGGCGGCACUGCAACGGACGCGACAACCCCGCAGACCUAGUGACCCGCGGCAUCUCCGCCAGGUGCCUACAGAACAGCCCGCUGUGGUGGAGUGGUCCUCCCUGGCUGUCCGCGGGCGAUAUCGGCCCUCCUACAAUUCCAGACCCAAAUGUCAACGACACCUGCACGACGGUGAGCGCUGCACCGGAAGCUCCCGAUACCGAAGUGGUCGUUCAUCCAGUGUCGGCCACGCAGAACUGGAUGGACCUCUCAGCUUGCGCAAGAGAUGUACUAGACUUUGCAACCCAGCAUCGCAUCGCCUGGCGAUUCAUUGUUGAGCGAGCUCCUUGGUGGGGAGGCUGGUGGGAACGGCUCAUACGAACUGUAAAGGAAGCCCUAAGACGCUGCCUUGGGAGAAAGCGCCUCACCUUUGAGCAGUUAACUACGACACUCUGUGAAGUAGAAGCCAUCGUCAACUCCCGCCCACUCACGCAUAUUGGAGCUGAUCCCGGGGAGCUUGAGCCACUUACCCCAUCCCACUUUCUGUUAGGGAAACGAGCAGUGGCUUUGCCUGAUGAAUUCGCUGCCGAUGCAUCACGCCAGAACGACCUGCGGCUCAGUUUUCGUGUCAUUCAUCAGGCAAGGAAGCAGUUCUGGAAGCGCUGGACGCGCGAAUACCUCCUUCAGCUGCGGUCAGCGCACGCAACCUCCUCACCAGCAGUGUCCGGGACGCAACUGAGGGAAGGCGACGUCGUGCAAGUGCAAGAAGACCAUCUCCGUCCAUCAUUUUGGAAGUUGGCUCGCGUGUCAAGCGUCAUACGAGGGCGAGACGGCGUCGUACGGGCGUGCUCGCUGCGCCUGGCCAACGGGUCAUCAAUCGUCCGACCCGUCCAAAGGCUUUGUCGCCUCGAAGUUGACGCGCCCCAAGUCCCGGCGCGGGAUGAUGUUGCAUAA